AUGUCCGAUUACUCUGAUGCGCUGCAAUUAGCUACACCGAAUAUCGUGCAUUCUUAUGAAAAAAAUGAGGAAAAAAUAAAAAUAAAAUAUUUUAGUAAAAUGGUAAGUAAAAUAUGUCAGCCACAACCUCUUGAUUACUUAAUUAAUCAAAAUUAUGCUACAAUAUUACUCAUCAGUUUCAUUUUAAUUAUUUCUUAUCUUCAAAUGUGUUUAAUGAUUUAUCCUAUGAUCGAAACUGUUCACUCUAAACAUGAAUACUUCACGAAAGAAUUAGAAAUGGAGAGAGAAGAAUUGAAUAGAUUUACGAAAGAAUUAAGAGAUCUAAGGUCAUAUUAUAAACAUAAUAUUGGCAGAAAUGAUAUGACUUGUCAAAAAUGCUGGUUUCCGAUUUUGAAUUUAAAUUUAAAUUACAUUGUAGCUCAUGUCUUAGAAAAUAAUAGACAUGUAAAAAGAUCAUCUAAUGACGCUCUGUUUCCAUUACAAUGCCUUUUAAUUGCAAUUUGUUUUCUCAAUACAUUCUGUAUGACGAUGAUUUUCAAGGAACCUCACAAACUUUUUAUUAUAUCAAAUUUACUUGUUCCUAUAUGUUUAAGCAUAGAUAGUGAAUUUUUUAUCCGCGAUAGCUCAAGUGUUUACCAUACAUUAAAGAUUGUUGUUUUCAAUAUUUCUGUUAAUCAAAAUUCUAUCAACACUGCUAGACAUUGUAUAUUAUCAAAGAAUUAA